AUGCAUAAAAUCGUAGGUGGAAAUUCCAUCCAAUUAACUGACAGUUGGAAACUAUCUUUAGCCGAGUGCCGAAAAACAACAGAACAAAUCUGGAGCAGAACAGAUACCAGUCUAUCAAAGAUAUUUACAACACAGUCUACUCUUUCUUAUCUCCAACAACCCACUACUCCAAACCUACCCCCUCACCAAUCCAACCACCGUCCCAUUCCGACUACUAGUCGAAACCCUCAACUCCUCCACCCACUCCACCACCUCAUCUCUACACUCCACCGCCCUCCACUCCCUCGCCAUCCUGGCCAAAACAUACGCAAUAUCCACCUCCGCCAAGUUCUUCGCCGGACAAGUCCUCGGUCCAUAUCCAAAAGGGAUAUAA